CAGCCUCUCCCCCACUGGCUCCAGAGCAGAGGGGAAUCUGCAGGACUGACGGAUCACAGGUGCCUCCCCCUGCUAGUUAGGAGGACACUUUUAAAGCAUUUCCUUCUCACUCGACCAGGUAGUCUGGUGAGGGUGAACAGCUUGCUUGAAUGGUGGGUAAAGGUGUGACCGUGGACACAGCGAUGGAGAAAGCCGGGGGUGACACGCCCGGGAGCCCUGAGCCGUCCUUCCUGGCGACUCUGGGUGACCCACAGGUGACCCUCGUGUCCGUCCACAAGCGGUGGUCCUUCAGGAGGAAUCCUGGGACCGGGGGCUCCACCAGGCCAGUGACUUCGGAGGAGGAAGGAGAGUUUUCACAGAAGGUUUUGAAUGGAACACGGGGAAUCCGUUCCAAUCAGAUCCUGUCUAAACAUUCUUUGCCCGCUCGUGUCUGGGAGCCAGCAAUGCAGCAGAAGCAGAGUUUCGCCUUUGACAAUGUUGGCUACGAGGGUGGUCUGGACAGCGUGUGCCCCUCUCAGACGACCACCGGCACCAUCAGCAUUUCGGGCAUGACUUGCCAGUCGUGUGUAAAGUCUAUCGAGGGCAGGAUUUCGAGUUUGAAAGGCAUCGUGAGCAUUAAGGUUUCCCUGGAACAAGGCAGCGCGACUGUGAUCUAUGUGCCGUCGGUCCUGAGCCUGCCGCAGGUUUGCCGUCACGUCGAGGACAUGGGCUUCGAGGCCAGCAUCACAGAAGGAAAGGCCGCCUCCUGGCCCUCGAGAUCCUCGUCUGCCCUGGAGGCCACGGUCAAGCUCCGGGUGGAGGGCAUGACCUGCCAGUCCUGUGUCAGCUCCAUCGAAGGCAGGCUGGGGAAGCUGCAAGGGGUAGUGAGGGCCCGAGUCUCCCUUGGCACCCAGGAGGCAGUCAUUACUUACCAGCCUUAUCUCAUUCAGCCCCAAGACCUCAGGGACCACGUAAAUGACAUGGGAUUUGAAGCUGUCAUCAAGAACAGAGUGGCACCUGUAAGCCUGGGACCAAUUGAUAUUGGGCGGUUACAGAGGACCAACCCAAAGACCCCUUUGACGUCUGGUACCCAGAAUCUCAAUAACUCUGAGACCUUGGGGCACCAAGGGAGCCGUGUGGUCACCCUGCAACUGAGAGUAGAUGGAAUGCACUGUAAAUCUUGUGUCCUGAAUAUUGAAGAAAAUAUAGGCCAACUCCCAGGGGUUCAAAGUAUUCAAGUGUCCUUGGAGAACAGAAUUGCCCAAGUACAGUUUGACCCUUCUCGUGUCACCCCCGGGGCCCUGCAGAGGGCCAUUGAGGCUCUUCCUCCUGGGAACUUUCAAGUUUCUCUUCCUGAUGGAGCAGCGGGGAGUGGCACCGAUAACAGGCCUUCCACGCAUCUCGCCUCCGCCCCCGCCCCCGCCCCUGCCCAGGGAACCCGGAUGCAAGGCCUGGGCAGUACCGUGGUGCUUGCCAUUGGUGGCAUGACCUGUGCGUCCUGCGUCCAGUCCAUCGAAGGCCUGCUCUCCCGCAGGGAAGGGGUGCGACGAGUAUCAGUCUCUCUGACUGAAGGGACUGGAGUGGUGCUCUAUGAUCCCUCUGUAAUUAACCCGGAAGGACUCCGAGCUGCUGUUGAAGAAAUGGGAUUCAAGGCGUCAGUCGUUUCUGAAAACUGUUACAGCAACCAUGUUGGAAACCGCAGCACAGGUAAUUCCACAGUGCACACCACAGCUGGCGGACCUGUGUCUGUGCAGGGAAUGGCUCCCCAUGCUGGGGGGCUCCCUAAGAACCACAACCCCGGCAGCUCGUCAAAGUCCCCGCAGGCCUCUACAGCAGUGGCACCACGGAAGUGCUUUUUACAGAUCACAGGCAUGACCUGUGCAUCCUGUGUGUCUAACAUAGAGAGAAACCUUCAGAAAGAGGCAGGUAUUCUCUCGGUGCUGGUCGCCUUGAUGGCUGGAAAGGCAGAGGUUAAGUACAAUCCGGAAGUCAUCCAGCCGCUGGAGAUAGCUCAGCUCAUCCAGGACUUGGGCUUUGAGGCUUCGGUAAUGGAAAACUACACAGGCUCAGAUGGUGACCUCGAGCUGAUCAUCACGGGCAUGACCUGUGCAUCCUGUGUUCACAACAUAGAGUCCAAACUCACCAGAACGAACGGCAUCACCUACGCCUCUGUGGCCCUUGCCACCAGCAAAGCCCACGUGAAAUUUGAUCCUGAAAUGAUUGGUCCGCGGGAUAUUGUCAAGAUUAUCGAGGAAAUCGGCUUUCAUGCCUCCCCGGCCCAGAGAAACCCCAACGUGCAUCACUUGGACCACAAGGUGGAGAUAAAGCAGUGGAAGAAGUCUUUUCUGUGCAGCCUGAUGUUUGGCAUCCCUGUUAUGGGUUUAAUGAUCUAUAUGUUGGUGCCCAGCAACGAGCCCCACGAGACAAUGGUCCUGGACCACAACAUCGUUCCAGGACUGUCCAUUCUAAAUCUCAUCUUCUUUAUCCUGUGCACCUUCGUCCAGCUCCUUGGCGGGUGGUACUUCUACAUCCAGGCCUACAGAUCUCUGCGGCACGGGGCGGCCAACAUGGACGUGCUCAUCGUGCUGGCCACGAGCAUCGCCUAUACCUACUCAGUCAUCAUCCUGGUGGUGGCCGUGGCUGAGAAGGCGGAGAGAAGCCCCGUGACCUUCUUUGACACCCCCCCCAUGCUCUUUGUGUUCAUUGCCCUGGGCCGGUGGCUGGAACACGUGGCGAAGAGCAAAACCUCAGAAGCCCUUGCCAAACUCAUGUCUCUCCAAGCCACGGAAGCCACCGUUGUGACCCUUGGCGAGGACAACUUGAUCAUCAGAGAGGAGCAAGUACCCAUGGAGCUGGUGCAGCGGGGCGACGUCAUCAAGGUCGUCCCCGGCGGAAAGUUCCCGGUGGACGGGAAAGUCCUGGAAGGCAGUACCAUGGCUGACGAGUCCCUCAUCACAGGAGAAGCCAUGCCUGUCACUAAGAAACCCGGAAGCACAGUGAUUGCUGGGUCUAUAAACGCACAUGGCUCUGUGCUCAUUAACGCCACCCACGUGGGCAAUGACACCACUUUGGCUCAGAUUGUGAAAUUAGUAGAAGAGGCUCAGAUGUCAAAGGCACCCAUUCAGCAACUGGCUGACCGGUUUAGUGGAUAUUUUGUCCCAUUUAUCAUCAUCAUUUCAACGUUGACGUUGGUGGUAUGGAUUAUAAUCGGUUUUAUCGAUUUUGGUGUUGUUCAGAAAUACUUUCCUACCCCCAACAAGCACAUCUCCCAGACAGAGGUGAUCAUCCGGUUUGCGUUCCAGACAUCCAUCACGGUGCUCUGCAUUGCGUGCCCCUGCUCGCUGGGCUUGGCCACACCCACGGCGGUCAUGGUGGGCACCGGGGUGGCCGCCCAGAAUGGCAUCCUCAUCAAGGGAGGCAAGCCUCUGGAAAUGGCCCACAAGAUAAAGACUGUGAUGUUUGACAAAACUGGCACCAUUACCCACGGGGUCCCCAAGGUCAUGAGGGUCCUCCUGCUCGUGGAUGUGGCCACGCUGCCCCUCAGGAAGGUUCUUGCUGUGGUGGGGACUGCGGAGGCCAGCAGCGAGCACCCCCUGGGUGUGGCAGUCACCAAGUACUGUAAAGAGGAGCUGGGAACAGAGACCCUGGGGUACUGCACAGACUUCCAGGCGGUGCCAGGCUGCGGAAUUGGCUGUAAAGUCAGCAACGUGGAGGGCAUCCUGGCCCACGGCAAGCGCCAGUGGAGCACACAGGCUGGGGUCUCGAACGGCGUUGGCGGUGUCCCUGAGGAGACAGAUGCAACCCCCCAGACCUUCUCUGUGCUGAUUGGGAACCGCGAAUGGAUGAGGCGCAACGGCUUAACCAUUUCCAGCGACAUCAGUGACACUAUGACAGAUCACGAGAUGAAAGGCCAGACAGCCAUCCUGGUGGCCAUUGAUGGCGUGCUCUGCGGGAUGAUUGCCAUCGCGGAUGCUGUCAAGCAGGAGGCAGCCCUGGCCGUGCACACGCUGAAGAGCAUGGGCGUGGAUGUGGUUCUGAUCACUGGGGACAACCGGAAGACGGCCAGAGCCAUUGCCACCCAGGUUGGCAUCAACAAAGUCUUUGCAGAGGUGCUGCCUUCUCACAAGGUGGCCAAGGUCCAGGAGCUCCAGAAUGAAGGGAAGAGAGUCGCCAUGGUGGGAGAUGGGGUCAACGACUCGCCGGCCUUGGCCCGGGCCGACGUGGGCAUUGCCAUCGGGACAGGCACAGAUGUCGCCAUUGAGGCUGCUGAUGUUGUCCUCAUCAGAAACGACUUGCUCGACGUGGUGGCGAGCAUUCACCUCUCCAAGAGGACCGUCUGGAGAGUACGACUCAAUCUGGUGCUGGCAUUGAUUUAUAAUCUGAUCGGGAUACCCAUCGCGGCAGGGGUCUUCAUGCCCAUCGGCAUCGUGCUACAGCCGUGGAUGGGCUCAGCGGCCAUGGCGGCCUCCUCCGUGUCUGUGGUUCUCUCGUCGCUGCAACUCAAGUGCUAUAAGAAGCCCGACCUGGAGAGGUAUGAGGCCCAGGCCCAGGGCCGCAUGAAGCCCCUGACUGCGUCCCAGGUCAGCGUGCACGUUGGCAUGGAUGACCGGCGACGGGACUCACCGAGGGCCACGCCCUGGGACCAGGCCUCCGGGAGCUUCAGAUUACAUGGUCUGCUGCGUGACCGUCACCUCGUGGCAUUCAUUCAGAACUCCUGCCAGGCGUGCCCCUGGUGGUGUGCAACUCCAAGCAAACAACGAUACCCAAAUCAGAGGAAAUCAGUUAUUCUCCAUGAGCUCCUACUUCUGCACCCUGAGUCAGUGCCUUAGGAAAGGAGUCACCACACCUUCCCCAAGGGAAAGUCUUUCACACUUUGAGUGGCUCUUUGUGGUGGGGCAGGAAUGGGGCCAGUUUUAGACUCUAAAGUCGGUGGUAGUUGACAGAACUACAUGGGAGUUAGACGAGUAGGGUGAAAUAAAUUUUAAGGUAGAGCCCUGAUCGCAUACACAGAAUAAUUUUAUUUAUUGAGUAUCAGUUAUUUUUCAGGGACAAUAUAAGCACUUUCUAUAGGUUACCUCUAAUCCUCCCAGCAUACCAGCAAAGUAGAUACGAUUGUCCGCAUUUUAUAGGCGGGGCAGUAGGCCCAGAGAGGCUACGUAUCCUGUCCAGGAUCACACAGCCAGCACGCUUGCCAAAACGGGGAUCCAAAGCCAUGUCUCUUGGCGCUGAAGUCUUUUCUUUAUUGCCGCUGCCACCCGAAUAUCAGUUUGGUAAGAAUAAAUAGGAAAAGGGCACUUGGCUCUCAGAAGAACAAAGCUGCCAGGCAGUACACUCAUUGUUAUCAACUGGGCAUGAAAUUUGACCGUGGGGUCAACUUCCUCACCUUCUCCUUGGAUGGUCUGUUUCCAUUUUCGCAUAUGAUUCCAUUCUGUUGGGUCUUGCCCUCUAAGAUGCAAGUGCAGGGUUCUGUAGUGCCUCUAUCAUUUUCAGUCUUCCUCUCCUUCCAGGCCCCUUCCCGUUCUUCCCUUCCUUUAUUCCUGGCUGUGCUUGGGAGUGUUUCUUGUUUUCUUAACUAGGUUAAUCAUUGUCUAAAGAAUCUAACUGCAUUGAUUUUUUUCAAAGGCUUUUAGGACCAUAAACAUCAUGUGUAUAUGGCCAUGAAAAUAUUUAUAUAAUUGCACAGAAUGUAACCUUUAGAUGUUCAAGGGGUAAGGAUUUUUGUGUGCGUCAGAUAAGAGCAGUCCCUAUUCCAAAAACUUUCCAUGCUGUAUUAGAAUAAAGUUUAUUUUUAUUCAUCUGAAA